AUGUCGUCAAGCGGCAACACCUCAACCCCUGUCCCGGCCGCGACGAAGCUGAGGCGGCGCCUGGAGGAGACUGACGACCUCAUCCUCCUGCCGGGCGUCUACGAUGGCUUCAGCGCCAGAAUCGCCCUUGACGUCGGCUUUGACGGCCUUUACAUGACCGGCGCAGGAACUUCCGCCUCCAAGCUGGGCCUCCCGGACCUCGGCUUCGCGACCCUGGACGACAUGCGUUCCCACGCCGAGAUGCUCGCCAACCUCGACCCGUCCGUCCCCUUGGUCGCCGACGCCGACACGGGCUACGGCGGCCCCAACAUGGUCGCCCGCACCGUGACGCAGUACGCCCGCAGCGGCGUCGCGGGCCUGCACAUCGAGGACCAGGUCCAGACGAAGCGCUGCGGCCACCUCACGGGCAAGCAGGUCGUCGACGUCGACACCUUUGUCUCGCGCAUCCGCGCCGCGACCCUCGCCCGCCAGAAGAUCGGCUCCGACAUUGUCGUCAUCGCGCGGUCCGACGCCAUCCAGACUCACGGCUUUGACGAGGCCAUGCGCCGCUUGAAAGCCGCUGUCGCCGCCGGCGCGGAUGUCGCGUUCCUCGAGGGCGUGACGUCUGCUGAGGAGGCACGGAGGGCUUGCGAGGCGCUGAAGCCGACACCCGUAUUGCUGAAUAUGGUUGAGCACGGCGCCACGCCUUCAUGGACUGCAGCCGAGGCCAAGGCGUUGGGGUACCGCAUGAUGAUCGUGCCGUUCGCGGCCAUCGCGCCGGCGUACGGGGCUAUCCGCGAGUCGCUGGUCAAACUUAAGGAAACCGGCGAGGUCGGGACGAAAUCCGACUUCUCGCCAAGGAAACUGUUCAGUAUCGUCGGCUUGCAGGAGGCCAUGGACUUUGAUGCAGCGGCAGGCGGAAGCUCGUAUAGUCAGGUGUAA